CCCGCCCAGCGAUGUAUUCAGCGCCCUCCGCCUGCACUUGCCUGUGUUUACACUUCCUGCUGCUGUGCUUCCAGGUACAGGUGCUGGUGGCCGAGGAGAACGUGGACUUCCGCAUCCAUGUGGAGAACCAGACUCGGGCUCGGGACGAUGUGAGCCGUAAGCAGCUGCGGCUGUAUCAGCUCUACAGCCGGACCAGCGGGAAGCACAUCCAGGUCCUGGGCCGCCGGAUCAGUGCCCGAGGCGAGGACGGGGACAAGUAUGCCCAGCUCCUAGUGGAGACAGACACCUUCGGAAGUCAAGUCCGGAUCAAGGGCAAGGAGACGGAGUUCUACCUGUGCAUGAAUCGCAAAGGCAAGCUCGUGGGGAAGCCCGAUGGCACCAGCAAGGAGUGUGUGUUCAUUGAGAAGGUUCUGGAGAACAACUACACCGCCCUGAUGUCGGCAAAAUACUCCGGGUGGUACGUGGGCUUCACGAAGAAGGGGCGGCCUCGGAAGGGCCCCAAGACCCGGGAGAACCAACAGGAUGUGCACUUCAUGAAGCGCUACCCCAAGGGGCAGGCCGAGCUACAGAAGCCCUUCAAGUACACCACGGUGACCAAGAGGUCCCGGCGGAUCCGCCCCACGCACCCCGGCUAGGCUGCCCCACUGUGGCCCCCUGCCGCCGCCCUGGCCCACACUCACACUCACAGAGAACUGCAUCAGAGGAAUAUUUUUACAUGAAAAAUAAGGAAGAAGCUCUAUUUUUGUACAUUGUGUUUAAAAGAAGACAAAAACUGAACCAAAACUCUUGGGGGGUGGGGUGCGAUAAGGAUUUUAUUGUUGACUGGAAUCCCCCGAUGACAAAAGACUCGUGUGAAGGGACUGUCGUCAAUGCACAGGUGCUUGUCUCUCUCGAGGAAGUGACAACUCUAACCUUGACCCCAAGGAGGACUUGAAUGAGGAAAACGACACUCUGAGAAACCAAAGUCCUUUUUCCCAAAGGUUCUGAAAGGAAAAAGAAAAAAACAAAAUUAAAAAAAAAAGAGAGAGAGAGAAAGAAACAGAAAGUGGAACCACCCAACAAACCCCUUCUUUCCCCCUUUUCCUAGCCACCCCCCACCUCCCAAACUCCAACAAAAAUCGCUCUCUGGUUUGCAGUCAUUUAUUUAUUGUCUGCUGCAAGCUGUCCCGAGACACCGCGCAGGGAAGGCGUGCCCCUCGGAAUUCUCGGCGCCUCGACUCCCGACGACAGACGGUCUCGUCCAAUCACGGUGACCCUGCCUCGCUCGCAGUUCUGGAAGAUGCUGCUAUCGACCUUCCGUGACUCACGUGACCUAGUACACCAAUGAUAAGGGAAUAUUUUAAA